AUGUUGUCACCUGCAAUAACAGCCGGAUUCGUUCUAGUGGCAAUUGCUGGAACAUCUGUCAACAGUUACACAAUUGGUCGCGUUCAGGACUACUCCUCGCCGAGCUACAACCCCAGUAGCUUCACAAGCCUGAAGGAGCCCCAGAGCAUAAUCUCCACAAAUUACGCAACAUCAAUUUCCCCGCGUUACUCCUCAGUCUACGGUCCCUCUUCCUCCCAUCCGGAGGUAUCCCAGCCGAGUGGAUAUGUCGGUCACUCGAGUGGGAAUGCACCAGAGGCCUUGAACACUCUCACAGCAUCGUACCAGAGUGAUUCAGGGUCAGACCACCCCAGCUACUCAUCCCCCCAGAGCAUCGAGUACGCCGCAAGCGCCCACAAUCCCGCCUCGGGGUCCGUCAGCUUCUCAGGAUACGCGGGGAGUCACGGAUCGAGUCAGGACUUGGGGGUGGAGUACGCAUCCCCGUCGACAGCCUCUUCAUCCUACUCGUCGUCCCCUUCCUCCUAUCCUUCGAGUUCAAACGUGAACUCUGCGGCAGGUCACUCGUCCUCGCCCUCCGGGGGUCACGCCUCCUACCCCGGAUACUCCGGGUCAUUCUCCGGAGGCAGACACACCGGGUCGUCGUACCCCGCCGAACACCCCCAGAGCAGCUUUUCCGACGGCCACAGGUUAUCCCCGAACGCUCUGAAGAGCUUCAUGAGCAGCCUCCACAGGGAGUCCCCUGGAAGCUACCACUCCUCUGGCCCCAGUCACUCCCCCAACUAUGUCCACCCAGCCCUCCCAAGCGCCAGCUACUCCAAGUCCCCAGGGGCCUUCUUCAGCGGGGGCUUCCCCAAAGGCGCCGGAAAAAUAAUCAUCAUCAAGGAUGGAUCUGGGGCACACGCUCUCAUGCAUCCUGAGUCGAGCUUUCCCAGUGGAAUGUUCUCGGGUGGAUCUGGGUACAAAGUGAGGAGUGCGGGACCUUUCUCCUCUGGACAUCACUAUGGAAGUCCCAGUAGUAGCUACAGCCACUCACCCGGGUAUUCCGGGACGAGUGGGCAUCCUAAUGCUGCGGCAUCUGGUACCUCUUACUUCGGGUAUUCAUAGGGUUUAUUCGAGUGUUCUUGAUGGGGGACUGAUAAAGUUAUUCUUCUUUAUUUAUUGUUGUUGAUAUUUGAAUUUAUUUUAAUGCAUAUGACCGUUGGUGUAAUAUUGAGUUGAAUAAAGUGUG